AUGGGCUCCUCCAUAAUUAACAUCCAACGCGAUAUCAUAUUGAACACCAUUCGCAAUGCCGGUGGCCACGAUUGGAAAGUCCUUGUGUUGGACGAGACCAGUCGGAAAUUAGUGGAAGGCGCUGUGAAGGAAGAAGAAAUCCUUAACCUCAAUGUCUCAAACGUCGAGCAACUCGAAGACAAACGGCCGUUCAAUGCCGACAUGGACGCGCUUUACAUCCUGUCCCCUGAAUCAUAUGUGGUCGACUGCUUGAUGGCAGACUUUGAGGUGGGACGAUACAGAAAGUCGUUCUUGGUGUGGACUUCAUUCCUCGAUCCGCAACAACGAGCUCGAAUUGAUCGGUCCUCAAUGGCGCGUGAACGUAUUGCAGAGUUCCACGUUAUGAACAUCAAUUUCUACCCCAGAGAAUCGCGCUUGAUCACAUUCCGCGAUCCAUGGAGCUUCCCGGUGCUCUUCCACCCCGGUUGCAACAAUUUGAUUCGGCAACACCUGGAAGACCUGGCGCAAAAGGUGGUUUCCCUUUGUGCUUCGUUGGGCGAAUAUCCUGUGAUCCGGUACUACCGGCCCCGAUCUCCCACCCACGAGGCUGGCGUGAUGUGCUCCCAUUUGGCGCGCUUUAUCCAAAACGAAAUGGAUCAGUUCGCGCAGUUCCAAAGGGACUUUCCACCCCAGACAAACCGUCCUCGGGGCGUGCUACUCGUUGUAGACCGUUCUAUGGACUUGUUUGCCCCCCUUAUUCACGAAUUUACCUACCAAGCCAUGGUUCAUGACUUGCUGCCUGUGAAUGAUGGCGACAAGGUAACCUACAAGACUGUCGUAAAUGAAGGCAGCAAGAAUGAGGAAGUCAAGGAAAUGGAAAUCGGAGAAGAUGACAAAAUUUGGGUUGAUUACCGUCAUAUGCAUAUGAAAGAUCUACUUGGGAAACUGGGCGAAGACUUCGCCAAGUUCCGAGCAGCAAAUCCUCAAUUUGCAGACGAUAAUGACAAACAAAACGUGAACACCAUCAAGGAUAUGUUGGCUGGACUGACAGAAUUCCAAGAAGGGAAAAACGCAUACACAUUGCACCUGAACAUGGCGCAAGAAUGUAUGAAAUACUUCCAGGCCCACAAGCUCUUGGAAGUGAGCUCUAUUGAGCAGUCAUUCGCCACAGGUCUGGAUGAAAACUAUAAGAAGGCAAAGAACCUUGCGGCGCAACUUGUGCAACUCCUGGACGACGACUCAGUUGUGCCUCCAGAUCGUCUUCGACUGCUACUGCUCUACAUCAUCUACCGUGGCGGGCUUCUCGGUGGUGAUAUCCGCAAACUCAUGGCGCACGCGAACCUCCCAUCAAAAGAUGGUGAGGUGAUUGCCAACCUGGAACUCCUUGGUGUCCGCGUAGAGAAGCCAUUGAAGGACGAAAAGCCACCUGUGCAGCCUCUCUUCAACCGUCGCGCACCACCACCCGAGUCUGAAGAGCUCAGCCUGAGCCGGUACGAGCUCGCAGUGAAGCAAAUGCUCGAAGAGCAAAUCCAAGGCACCCUGGACCCCACCUCUUUCCCCUUCACGCGACCACACACAGAAACAGAUGGUGCUCUAGCUGCCCAAGAGAUGCAAUCCCAGCAGGCCUCUCUGCGCAGCGCAAAGCCAACGUGGGCCCGCACAAGAUCGGUCGACCAACCGCGACAGCGUCUCAUCGUCUUCAUGGCCGGUGGAGCCACCUACGGCGAGUCUCGCGCCUGCUACGAAGUCGCGGCAUCAUACAACCGAGAUGUCUACCUUGCCACAACACACAUGCUGACACCAGGUCUGUUCCUCCGCCAGGUCGGUGAUCUGGGCAUGGAUAGACGUCGUUUGAACCUCCCAUCCGAGCGUCCCAAGCCCACUGCCCCAGCGCAUCUCUUUGAGCGCGAAAAGCCACCCUCUCCAGCUGCUCCACCACCACAGAAGAAACCCGUCUCGACGGCCCAUCUCAACCCGCCAGCUCCGCCAGAGGCACUGAUGGCUGGCAUGUCAGUCAGCUCGAAUGGAAGCGGAAGCAACUAUUCAUCUGGCAGCGGGAAACCCGACAAGCACGCCAAGCCUGACAAGCACGAAAAGAAAGACAAGGAAAAGAAGGAGAAGAAAGAAAAGAAGUAUCGAUUUUUCAAGGAGCUGCCGCCUCACAUCAACGGCAUUAACUUCCUGACGGAUCCCUUCUUUUCUCCCGCCGGUACCUCUUGGGAUGUGGGCCGUGUCAUUCUCAAGGUGACAGAAGACCCUAGUCUCCGCCUUGACCAGAUUCCCAUCAUCGAUGCCGUGCUGCUGAGCCACGAAGAUCACCCGGACAAUCUAGACCAGCUCGGCCGCCAACUCCUGGACGGCCGUCGUGUCUUUACUACCGUUGACGGAGCAAAGAACCUCGCACCCCGUCCUGCUGUGCAUGGUAUGAAGCCAUGGGAAGAGAAAGAAAGCAUCAUUGCUGGCAAGAAGUUCAAAAUCGUGGCCACACCAACCCAGCAUGUUCCCGGAGAUGAAUGCACUGGUUUCAUCGUGACUGGAGAGGGCUUCGGACAUGGCCGUGAUGGUCUCCCUAAUGCAAUCUACUUCUCUGGUGACACUGUCUACAUCGAAGAACUGAACUCUAUCGCCGACCAAUACCAUAUUUGUGCUGCUGUCAUGAACCUUGGCAAUGCUCAUGCCCCAACCACAGAGGACCCCAACGGCCCUCGUAUGCAAAUUACAAUGGGAGGAAAGGAUGGAGCUAAGCUGUUCCGUGCCCUCAAGGCCGAUGUUCUUGUUCCUAUGCACUACGAAUCUUGGGGACAUUUCACCCAAUUCGGGGCCGAGCUGCGCCAGGCUUUUGAAGAAGAGGGUAUUAGUGACAAGAUUUGUUGGUUGAAAUCAGGCGAGAAGGUCACUGUUCUUUAG